AUGCUCCUGCCCGCCAUCCCGCGCCGCUGCGCAGCCCUGCUCCCGGCGAGGUCCUCGCGAUGUUUUGGCUCGCUGGCUGACCGGCUGCAGCGCCCGGGCGCACGUGUGCACGCGUUCGUGUCGCGGUCGCGGGACCCGUACGUCAACCUGUCCAUCGAACACUACCUGCUGCAGAAGUCGGCGCACGAUUCGGUCGUGCUCUUCCUGUACGCCAACCGCCCGUGCAUCGUCGUCGGCCGCAACCAGAACCCGUGGCUCGAGGUCAAUCUGGGCCUGCUGCGCGGCGGCGCCGUCGAGCUGGUGCGCCGUCGCUCUGGCGGCGGAGCCGUCUUCCACGACGAGGGCAACCUCAACUGGUCCGUCAUCUCGCCGCCCGCCGCCUUCACCCGCGACAAGCAUGCCGAGAUGGUGGUGCGUGCCUUGAGACGGCUGGGCAUCGAGAGAGCCAGAGUCAACGAGCGCCACGACAUUGUGCUGGACCAGGGCGAGCGCGCCGCCGCCGUCGCCGCCGACGACACGCACCGCACGCCCUUCACCACCGACGCCGCCGCCGGCCCGCGCCCGCUGAAGGUCUCCGGCUCGGCCUACAAGCUUGUCCGCGGAAGGGCGCUGCACCACGGCACAUGCUUGCUCUCGUCGCCCAACCUGGCAAUCAUCCCCCAGUACCUGCGUUCGCCGGCAAAGCCCUACAUCAAGGGCUUCGGCGUCGAGAGUGUCAGCUCACCCGUCAGCAACAUCGGCAUUGCACACGAACCCUUUGUCAGCGCGGUCCACGACGAGUUCAGCGCCAUGUACGGCGUUCCUUCCGUCGGCCCGGCGGCCAUUGAGCUUGGGGACGAGCAGCUUCAACUCCCGGAGCUGCGGCAAGGCUGCGACGAAAUGAAGACUCUUGACUGGACAUAUCUCCAAACGCCGAAAUUCACCUUCUCUGUGCCUGCUCAAGACCAAGUUCCAGAUGCGGCCCCGAGCGCACGCCCUGCUGGGCUUCCCCCGUCGACCAACGUGAUCCUGAGCGUCCACGGUGGGGCCAUCCACGAAGCAUCCGUGACCCUGGGCCUCACGUCACGUGCAUCCACUGCUGCGCAAAGCGUCCUCCACGGGCUCAAGCUCCACGAAAUUGGCGACUGGAGGCCGUUGCUCCAGGAAAUUAGCGGCAAGAACGAUGCACACGUCAACAUUGUUGCGGAUUGGCUGGGCAAGACAUUACCAAGUCCACAGAGCCAAUGA